AUGAGUCGGGAAUUCACCGGGCUGAAAGGCAACGUUACGGAGAUGGAGAAGUGUCUCUCAGUGUGCACGGAUGAUAUUGUCCUAUUUCAAGCCAAGGUGGAAACUAUGUCAAAGGAGCUGAUUAAACUAGAGAACAAGUGUGAAGAUUUAGAGUCCGGGUCCCGUCGUAAUAAUUUACGCAUUGUUGGUGUGCCAGAGGAAAACAUCCUGUCUCCCACAGACGUGUCUGCGCUUCUGAUGGAAGCUUUCGAACUUGAGAAAGAGCCACUUGUGGACAGAACUCAUCGGACCGUGGCCCCCAAACCAAAUCCCAAUGAGCGUCCUCGGGCCAUAGUAGCUAGGAUGCACAAUUACGCGGUCUGCGCCAAGAUUCUUCAGAAAGCCAGGAAGCUGCAGCAGAUAAAGAUGCGCAACAUGACCAUGUCCGUGUUCCCCGACCACAACGCUAAGACGGCACUAGCCCGUGCGGCUUUCAAUGAGGUUCGUCGCCUGCUGUGGGGGAUCCAGGGAGUUCGGUUCGGCAUCAUCCACCUGGCCAAGUUACGCAUCACAUAUGAAGGAGUGCAACACGACUUCGUCUCACCAGAGAAGGCUAAGGCAUACGUUGUUUAUUUGUUCUUGUGCCUUAUAUAA